CUAAGGACCAUUGUUUCCUCACUGUCUGCUCCCGUUGGAGACGUAUCACAUGACACAUUAGACUGAAAGGCCCAGAGAAGUAGCACAGGGCUGGAUUAAUCUACAGCAUCUCCAAUUCCAAAAGAACAUUUGAGAAAUAGAAUUAAAUCUUACUUACAGCGGAGCCUGGAAAUGGACUAGAGAAACAGUUAAAAGACACAGUUAAAAGAAAAGAGGUAGAAAGAUAGGAGGUGAUGGAUAAGGAGAAGGAAACAGACCAUCUCCACGGAAGAGACCGGAAACUAGACGCUUUCUAAAGGGAUGAAGAGCUGUCUACAGGAACUCUUUUAGAUCUUAGUCAACCAAUCAGACAUCUGAAAAUCCAGCUGAGAACGAAACCAUGAGAGACAUGGAUCAAUGGGGUAACUGACAUUUUCCCUAAGCUCUGACCAGACCAGACCCGAGCCAGUGUAGCCAAGAUGAUGCAGCAGAUUCUGAGGGACAUGUACAUUGACCCAGACCUAUUGGCUGAGUUGAACGAGGAGCAGAAACAGAUUCUGUUCUACAAGAUCCGCCAGGAACAGGUCCGACGCUGGAAUGAGAGGGAGAACCCAAAAAAGGACCAGGACCAGGAUCAGGAACCAGAUCAGAACCAGAAAUUGGAACAUCAGAUACAGGACAAAGAUAAGAAGGCAGGUGAGAGGAGCAUCCAGUGGCUGGUGGGCAGUGAUGGAGACGUGUGGGUGUGGGUGAUGGGCGAAGCCCCAGGGGAUAAGUCCUACAAUGACAUCAUCAGGGAGCUGAUGGAGGAGAGGGCCAGACGGCAGGCACAGCAGGAGGCCCAGGAGCACUGGCGUGCCAAGGAGGCAGAGAUUGAGAAGAAGUUUCGGGAUGCCAUGGCGAAGGAGAAGGCCAGGUUUGUGGCCGGGAAGUGGAAGGAGGAGACGGAGGAUCGCAGGGCUGCCAAGCAGGAGGAAGAACGCAUCCAGGAAGAACUUAAGAGGAGGGAGGAGGAGGAGAGGCAGCGAGGAGAAGAGGAGAUCAAGCGAGCAGAGGAGAAGAGAGCGAAGGAGUUGUAUCUCUCCCUGGAGCGGGAGCAGCGAAGAAGUGAAAAGGAGGACAAGGAAUGGGAGGAGCAGUUGCGUCGCUCCAAGAAGGCAGAUGAGGAGAGGCAGAGCAAGGCCCGCCGGGCUAGGGACGAGUCCCAGCGGCAGUCCGUCCGUGCCCUGGGGAAGGGCCGCGUGGCGGGGCUCAGCGGCCUGUUCCAGACGCCGCCCGCUCAAGGCCCCGGGCCCACCAUGAGCCGCAGACACAGCAGCGACCUGGAGUCCUCGUCUCCUGCCCGCCACGGCGUUGGAGCUCACGUCUCGGAGCACAGCCGGUCAGGUCCACAGACACCAGCCACUUUGUUUUACCGGCGCAGACACAGCCGUCGACACAGCCAGAUCAUCUCCCAGCCUCUGGACAGUCCUGCGUGGGUAAGGGGACCAAGGCCAAGCUCAAAGGAAUGUGUUCUUCUGUGGUUCAAAGAGGAGCAGGGGCCCAAACAGGCUGGCUACGAGCGCAACAGCACCACUAUCGCCCCCUGGUUUCAUGGCCUGAUCUCAAGACAGGACUCGGAAAUGCUGCUGAUGAAUGCCAGCGAGGGCUCCUUCCUGGUUCGCCUCAGUGACAUGAUUUGGGGCUACACCCUGUCCUGCCGCACGCCCCACGGCUUCAAGCACUUCCUCAUUGACGCCUCCGCCGACUAUUACAGCUUCCUGGGCGUGGACCAGAACCGCCACGCCACACUGGCCGACCUCGUCGACUUCCACAAGGAAGAGGUGAUCACAACAUCAGGAGGGGAGCUUCUACUGGAACCUUGCAGAAGAACAGCUUCUUCCACAGACUACGGGAAACUAUUUCAGUAACGGACGUCCUUCAUCUCCUUCUCAUGCUGUACAGAACCCGUGUUCAAAACCUCUCAGGGUUUAUUUGGAAGGAAAAAAAAACCCACUAACACAACAACUUAACUGAAACUCAGCUCUCUGGAAUCUGUUCAGCUCAUUUCUACAAGCCCUAAAUCAUACCACUGGACUGUCCUCUCAGAUGAACUCUCCAGUGUCCUGCAAGGCCUCCACACGCCAAUGGCGGGGUCGAAUCUCAAGUGAACAAAGUACUUGCUGCCAGUUAUUUGGGAGCUUAAACCAGCUCUGAGCUGAGACCAAAGAUACAUUACAAUGUUCAUCUCAUCCACCGAGUCUGCCAGGGGGGUUGCAUGGACGCAAGGCCAACGGUGAUGUGGAGACAUGAACAUGACAGAGGACGUAAGAACCUGAGGUGAACAUAGAUAGCGUUGAAGCAUUUUUAUGGAUUUCUUUGGGGGGAUGGGACGCUUGCAAAGUGGUUUUGGCUCAGUCAAACACCCACGCUGUCACUUUACAGCUAAGUUGAUAAUUCAGACAUGCCUACUCACUUUGUGCCUCAAGUAAACCUCCCCCUCGAACUGUGCAACUUCCAUAUCUGAGAUGCAGAACACAUUAGGAUGACACACACACACAGUUGCCUUAAGAUGUUUUGCUUCUGGGCCGUCUAUUAAAUCUUCAAAGUAGAGUCAGGGAGGUGACUUUGGGCUUGUUAUGGUGUCAUCAAAUCUGUUAGGAAGUCGCUCGUGUUGUUAUUCCGACACCACUUUGUUCUGAAAUUGAGAGUGUUGCGUCCCUGAUGUGCAAACUACGGUGUAGAAAACACACUUCCCUCAGGCGGGAGGAAGAGGGUUAUUUAUCGAGUAAAAAGUUGAAGUUAAACUAGGCCCUGGGUUCCACCUUCACUACACAUGGCUGGCCAGUGUAUUGGUUGUCCCACUGACAGAUUUUUCCAUGCAAGUGAUAGCCUCUCUGCUCCGGAGCAAGUAACCGGAGAUUCCCCUUUCCUACAGCGGGUAUCAUCCCUCAAACAGGGAGAACAACCAAUAGUAAACGACACUAUUUCUACUCCCUGAACCCUCUAGCAUCCUGUCAGAGACAUGCCAGUUCGUAGGCACUGACAGAC